GAAAUUAUAAUCUUGUUUUUUCGGACCACCAUUUCUUUGGGCGCUCUUUAUUUUGCCAAUUCGAUCAUUUCCUAUAGUAUCACCAAUUCGGGUCCGUCGUACGAGUACUCGAGUAGAGUCUAGCCGUUGAAACUGACCAAUGCGAUGUCAAGUAAUCCGGCUGACCACCAAAUGCGCCGUUACACGGUUUUUCCCAACCUCUGCAUUGCCGCAGCACCAACCCCCGAUCCUGAGCUGCCUACGCAUAACUCGGUGGAGCUUCGAAUUCCCAGCAAUAUUUCAGAGGAAUCGAUACUUGUCUCAUGGUCGCGGAUAUUGAGGGGAUACGUACCCGGGGAUAGUGUGGUGUUUCGAGUUGGAGAUGAAGUUGUUAAUGUUGAUUUUCUGACUGGCGACGUGGGGCACAUUCCUGAGAAAAUCGUCCAAGUUGGGGACGAGGAAGGUGCUUCGCAGAGAUGUACCGGCAUUUAUUUCCAAACUGUAUGUGACCCCGCAUCAUCAUCCUCGUUAUCGGGAUGAACUCAAGCGUGAUGUUUUAACCCUCUGACCAAUUGAUCCACGUGACUUAAUAGGUUGAAGCCGCACAGCUGCCCGAUGUGUUUCUAGUAGUAAACUUCUCGGAGUCGAUUAUUUCCAUAUCGGCCUCCAAGGCGGUGGUUCCUCCUCAGCACCUGCAAUCACUUGCCUCACAACUUCUUCGGGUUCUAUCGGGAGACCCCGCUUUUCUGUUGGAGCAGAUUGCCGAGUCCGGUGCCAAUCCCCAGGAUACGGGGGCUUUCGUUGCACUUGGGAACGGCAAUUCCGUGUCAUUUGGCGAGCUGUCGGUUCUAAACCCUCAUCCUCAAAAGCUCGUUGGACCAAGGCUCUUACACGAGCUCAUAUCUCCUGCACAUUGUGGACACAGAGCCUUGGACUUUAUGUAUGCGGACGGAGAAGCGCGGAAGUAUCAUUCGUAUGAACAACUCGACACUCUUUCCACCCAAUUCGCCCUUCGCCUUCUCGACUACCUACCUCACGACGGAACCGGGCACGCUAUUCCGGUCUUGCUUCCGCAAUCGCCGGAGCUAUAUAUCGCAUUGAUCGGGAUUUUAAAAGCUGGUGCAGCAUUUGUGCCACUAAAUCUUGACGCCCCGGCAGAGCGAAUCCGCUUCGUUUCUGGGGAUGUAAGGGCAAGCGUUGUUGUUACGGAAUCAUCAUUUUCCAAUAUUUUUACAUGGGAAGGGUGUCCGCCAACUGUCCUCGCUGACAGGAACACAACAACGGCUCCAGACGAGCUCAGGCUGCCUUCGGACAUCGACCCUAGUGGGCCAGCAUAUGUUAUGUAUACCUCCGGCUCCACUGGCACUCCGAAGGGCGUCAUAAUUUCUCACUCAGCCGCUACCCAAUCCCUUCUGGCCCAUGAGGAACAUAUUCCAUUGUUCGAACGAUUCCUUCAGUUUGCCGCGCCUACAUUCGAUGUCUUUGUCUUUGAAAUGUUCUUCCCAUUGUUCCGCGGAAAGACCCUUGUUGCUUGCGACCGGGGGAGACUCCUCGCAGAUCUUCCGGGAGUGAUCAACCGGCUCAAUAUAGACGGAGCGGAGCUAACCCCAACGGUUGCGGGCGGGCUUCUUAUUGAGCGAAACAAAGUGCCCGGGCUAAAAGUGUUACUGACAAUUGGCGAGAUGUUGACACGCCAGGUCGUGGACCAGUUCGGGGGCAGCGUACUGCAGGGCAUGUAUGGACCAACCGAGGCAGCAAUACAUUGUACCCUUGCAAUCGGUUUUGAAAAGAGCUGGAAGAUCGGGGAUAUUGGGGUGCCGUUUAAAACAGUUUCUGCCUUUGUCCUUUCUACUACCGCGUCCGACCCGGAGGUUUUACCCCUCGGCUGGACUGGCGAGCUCGCGAUUGGGGGAUAUCAGCUUGCCGAUGGAUACUUGAAUCGUCCGGAAUUAACGAAGGAAGUAUUUAUCGAUUCGAAAGAAUACGGUAGACUUUAUCGGACCGGGGAUCGUGCGAGGAUAUUACCGGGCGGAAGGAUUGAGUGUCUUGGCAGAGUUGGAGCUGGUCAGGUUAAGCUUCGAGGGCAAAGGAUAGAACUAGGAGAGAUAGAAGAGGUUGUGUUGAGAACACCAGGCGUUAAAGGUGCUGUUGCGAGUGUAUUGGGGGACAGGCUGGUCGUCUAUGCUGGAGGUGGAGUCGAGCGAAAAGCUGUAUAUGAUGUUUGUAAGAAGUGGCUACCGGGCUUUAUGGUACCGAGUGAUCUUGUGAUAUUUGACGUAUUACCACGAUUACCUUCCGGCAAGGCUGAUCGGAAGAGACUGGAUAAACAAUACUUGGAGACAUCUCAAAUGCCUGCCCCAGAGGGUGGCACCGAGGAGCUCAACGAUAUGGACCAAAUUGUCAUUGGUGGUGUCGAGGAAUUAUUAGGUCACAGGCCGUCUAGACAGGGCAGCCUCAUGGCGAUGGGACUCGAUUCAAUACAAGCUAUUCGCCUGGUCUCAGUCUUACGAUCACAAGGCUUUACUGUCGAAGUAGUUGAUGUUCUCCGGGCCGAUUGCGUCGAUGGCAUUGCUUCCGCAAUGCGCCUAACCGAAACGGGUUCGCCGAAUUCCUUAGCCAACGAGAAUAUCAUAGCCAAAUUCCGUGCGAUACAGGAAGCUGUACGACCAAGAUUGUCAGCGCAACAAGAGGGUAUCCAAGACAUUUUACCUUGCACACUUAUACAGGAAGCUAUGCUCGCUGAAACUGCAAGAGACUCUGAAGCAUACUGCAACUGGAUUUUGUUGGAGCUACCUUUGAGACUCCCGGCUUCUACUAUUGAAGAGGCUUUCCGGGGUAUCAUUGACCGUAACGAGAUCCUGAGAACGAGUUUUGUGACUGUCGGUGACGGGUUCGCUCAAGUCGUUUGGAAAUCAUCUAGGACUGGACAGUUUUCCCUUGCGGACGAAGUUCGGUCAUCAUGGAAAGUGGCGUCACUUGAGCAGCUUGUUGAACCCCCUUUUGCAGCUUCCUUGGUUGGGGGUACAGGUGUUUGGCAGUUAAGUGUACACCUACAUCAUGCUGUUUACGAUGGUUGGUGUUGGGAGCAGGUGCUCUCUGACUUCUCCUUCUAUCUAAGCGGGAGCACCAAAUUACCAAUUCGGCCACAAUACCGAGAUAUAGUUCAAUACGAAAUAUCAAGAAGUAGAGAGUCAAAGGAAGUAUCUGAGGGAGUUUGGAAACGAUUUUUAGAUGGGGCUCCCGAUUCGAGACUACCUGGCUUCCAUGGGCAUACUGCUGCUCCUCCUGGCAUCUUUACAGAGAUGAUUGAUUUACGGGUUACCCGCUCAGAAUAUGAAGCUUCGGCAAGGGUGAUGAGGGUCAGCCCACAGACACUUAUCCAAACGGCCUGGGGCUAUCUGUUGAGUCUCUGCGUAGGAUCUCCGGAUGUCGUUUUUGGGACGGUGGUCUCGGGAAGGACAAUGGCUCUGCCCGGGGUUGAGGAUAUCUUAGGACCAACCAUUCUCACACUGCCGCUCAGAGUGAAAAUAGGGCAAGGAGCCACUAUAGAGGAUGUUGUUCAGGAUGUCCAUAGGGGCAAUCGGCUGGUAUUGGAGCAUUCCGGGCUUCCACUGAGAGAGAUUAGGAAGGUUUGCGGAAUUGAAGGGACACAGUUCAAUUCCUUACUAGUGUGGCAGCAAACACUGAAGACGGGAGGGGAUCUCGGGUUGGUAAGACAGGUCGAGAGCCGAGACAGACUUGAGGUAAGCGCUCCCAUCUUGUGAGGUCCUAUGAACCCUGAUGUUGAUCUUUGCGUGGUUUAGUUUCCUUUGCUGCUAGAGAUUGAGCCCAGCCAGGAUGCUAUCCAAAUCAGGGCGACAUACCAGCACGCCGUGCUACCGCACUCACAUGUUAAACUUCUUCUAAGACAGUUGGACCAACUUGUUUCUGGGAUUAUUUCUCAACCGGCAAGCAAACUGAGGAACCUAUUGGAUUCCUUGAGCGAAGAUACUCUUGCAAUUGAGAAUCCAUAUCCAGCACCAGCUGCAGAUCCUAAAACGGCUUCUCUUGCAGAACUUUUCGAGCUCUCUUCGGUGAUGAGACCUACAACUAUUGCACUUGAUUUCGCAAGGAACCUUGUCGAUGACGCACCCGACUCAACAAAACUCACUUAUGCCGAGCUUAACACACAUGCAAACAAACUCGCUCAUCAUCUGAUCUCGCUGGGCGCCAUCGCCGACGAACUUGUCUGCGUGUGCAUGGAAAAGUCGCCUGAAAUGUAUAUAGCUAUACUGGCGAUUCUCAAGGCUGGCGCAGGUUACCUCCCGCUCACACAAGAAACGCCAAAGCAGCGCAUGAGACAGAUUUUAGAAAUUGCCGGGGUAAAGAUUUGUUUGACUACUGAAAAUUUGAAAGAUAAGUUAGGAAUACCGGAGGAUUCGCGGGUGGUAGCGGUUGAUGUCAUAGAUGUUGACGAAUACACUGAUAACAAUCCCGGGACUGUCCGAAGUGGUGACACAUUAGCAUACGCUGUGUUCACUUCUGGAAGCACGGGUUCCCCGAAGGGGGUUCUAGUUACUAACGCCAAUAUUGUGGAUAAUCUCCUGGUUUUGAAGGAAUUGUAUCCUACCAACGAGCGGUCUAGGCUUCUGCAGUUUUGCUCAAUUAGUUUUGAUGGUAGGGUUGUCCGUUUUAAUUAUGGGAAAUUGGGAUAACAUUUGAUUAGUAUCUGUUUUCGAGAUCUUCUAUGCAUGGGCCAUGGGCAUCCGCCUAUGUUCCGGAACUAAGGAUGUACUCCUCCGUGAUAUCGAGGGCGCAAUCAACACGAUGAGGAUCACCCACUUGAGCAUGACUCCAACAGUUGCUGCACUGGUCAGUCGGAAGAAUGUGCCAAGAGUUGAGUUCUUGGUAACGGCGGGCGAGGCUUUAACGCGUAAGGUUUAUGAUGAUUGGGCAGGGAAGGGACUCUUCCAAGGUUAGAUUUACUGAACCCAUCUAAGAGAGACGAGAGCUGAAAGUUUGUAGGAUAUGGGCCGAGCGAAACCGUGAACAUAUGUACCGUGAAGCCGAAUGUACGGGAGAUUGACCAUAUCAAUAAUAUUGGGGCACCGUUUACGAACACAUCCGCGUUCGUGGUUGCAGAUUCUGAAGAGGAAUUUAGAGUGUUACCGUUGGGUGGAAUUGGGGAGCUCUGUUUCGGGGGCGCUCAAGUGGUGAGAUAUCAUGAUACGUCUAGAUUUCCACCGUUGUUCAGGCUAACUAGCGAUUUAGGCGCGCGGAUACCUGAAUAUGCCCGAACUCACGAGUCGCAAAUUCAUUUCCCAUCCCAAAUACGGCAGGGUAUACAGAUCCGGUGAUAUCGGGAGAAUGCUGCCUGACGGUUCGCUCGAGUUCAUCGGACGGCAGGACGACCAAGUCAAAAUUAGAGGCCAGAGGAUCGAGCUUGGAGAAAUCGCCUCGGUUUUACUUCGAUCGAAGGAUGUUAUUGAUGCGGCGGUGAUCCCAGUCCGAAGAGAGCCACAAGAUCCCUAUCAGCUCGUCGCUUUCGUCGUUCUACGGGGAUUGGAGAGUUCGGAAUUUUCGGUAACCCAGAAUAAUGAGCAUGUGAAGAAGUUAGUUGCCGAGAUUUUCCAGGGCGUGACAAACUUCCUUCCACCAUAUAUGGUUCCGCCUGCUAUAAUUCCGUCGACCGCACUGCCGAUGACGGCCCAAGGAAAGAUCGAUACAAAGCUACUACAUUCUACGUACUUCGGACUGGACAGCGGCGUUGCAGAAGAUUAUACGUUGGGAUCUUCAUCUGGAGUAGGUGGACAGGAAUGGACAGCACUAGAACGCGAGAUUGCAGACGUUAUCGCUGAGGUCGCACGAGUGACGCCUGACGAGGUCGGGCGAACGACAUCCAUAUUCGGACUAGGACUUGACUCGAUAUCAGUUAUCCAAUUAUCUAAUCGACUCGCAAAGACGGGAUAUAUAAGACUAGACGUUUCCCAGAUUAUGCGAAAUCCGAGUGCAAGUUCUAUUGCAAAUUUGUUGCAAGCUUCCGUGCUUGAUCCAAUACUAAGCAAGCCCGUUCCUAAUGGCCGCAUAGAUGAAUUUGCGGCGGAAGUCAAGGGCUCAGUUUUGGGUCAACUUGGGCUCUCCGAGGAUGGAGUCAAGAUGAUCCUUCCUUGCACCCCGUUGCAAGAGGCGAUGCUUAGCCAGAAUGAGGAUGCGGACUUGAGCCUUUACUACAAUCACACCACACUUAAUCUUAGUGCGGAUCCAGCACGAUUACGGCAAGCGUGGGAACUUGUGCUCAAGACACACGAUAUAAUGAGGACUUGUUUUUGCCUCACACCUCACCCACGACAUGCAUAUGCCCAAGUGGUGCUUAACGAUUAUCAACUGCCUUGGUCUUCCUUCCAGUUAGAGGCGGGCGUGGAUAUCUCGGAAGUGAUUAACCAGCGGAUUGCUUAUAUAUCCGAAUCACUUGGAACCUCGAGGCCGCCAUAUGCAUUUUCGUUACUACAGACCUCCGGAAAGGCAACCCUAAUAAUGCAUUUCCAUCACUCUUUGUAUGAUGGGUUUGCUAUGGAUAUGUUACUAGAUGACGUACGCAGAGCUUACCACGGCUUGGAACUUCCUGUCAGGGGUACUUUCAAACGGUUCUUGGAGUAUAUGGAGGACCUAGACUUGGCUCGGGCUGACGAAUUUUGGAAGCAAACAUUAGAAGGCCUCGAACCUUCUUUGUUCCCAGACUUGACUGGACUGGCGGCCGCGGUAGGGUGCUCACUUGCAGGAAUGAGUUCAGCGAAGAUUUCUUGCUCAAGGAGUUUAACAUCCGUCGAGGGAGGUUGUAGAGGCUUGCAGACGUCCCUCUUAGCCCUUGGACAGACUGCUUGGGCGCGGCUACUUUCUGUGUGCACUGGUGAAGCCGAUGUUUGCUUCGGUAAUGUGGUCAGCGGACGGACUAUUCCUGUCGAGGGAGUUGAAGAUGUUAUUGCCCCAUGCUUCAAUACCGUGCCUAUCCGAGUUCAAGUUUCGCCUGAUUCAACCAAUUGGGAUAUCGCAAACAGGCUGCAAUUAAUCAAUGCAGAGUUACUUCCAUUUCAGCUCACCCCCUUACGAAGAAUCAUGACUACACUACGCACCCAAGGGCAGAGGUUGUUCGACACAUUGUUCAUUCUACAACAUGCCAGUCACCCAUCUGAUAUGGAGGAAUUAUGGUCCGAGGUUGGCGACCGAGGAGAGAUGGAUUUCUCUAUUGUAGUAGAACUUGUGCCGUCUCGGAAGACAGACACUUUGGAGAUUGCGCUUCACUUCCGGAGGUACGUUUUAAUAGAGAUGUAGCGAGCUUGUAACAUAGUACUGAUAUCUGGGCAGAGACAUAUUGCUAGGCGAACAUGUAGAUGUUCUCGUAAGAUUGUUAAACUGUGCUAUUGUCUCUUCUCUUAGUCAGCCAUCCAAUUCUGCUACGGAUUUCAUGUCUUUCGAUCAAAAUUUCCUUUCGUGCGCAAAUAGCAUACCAGUCAAUAUCUACGACGAGCGAAGUCCGGGUCUAUUACACUCUGAAUUCGAACGUCAUGCAGAAGAGGGCUCGUCACGCAAUGCUCUGGAAUAUCUUAAUAAGGAUGGCGAGAUCGCUACCUGGACAUUCGGAAAACUUAAUCAGGAAGCUAACAGAGUUGCACACUACCUAAUCAGCAAAGGAAUGAAGAGGGACGACGCGGUACCACUAUGUCUGGAAAAAUCUCCAAUGUUUUAUAUUUGCGUUCUCGGUGUGUUGAAAGCCGGUUCCGCUUUUACUCCAAUCGACCCCAGCUUGCCGGAACAGCGGAAACGGUUUAUGAUUGAGGAACUUGGUGCUAAAAUAGUGCUUGCAGCCAAGUCAACUUCUCAAGACCUAAGGAUCCCCAAGGGAGUGGAGCUUGUGGAUAUCACGAGUGAGGAUCUAUCAUCUUGGCCAAAUUCGAAUCCCAUAAUAGAGGAUCUUAGGGAGGAUUGCCUGGCAUAUCGAAUUUAUACCUCUGGAUCAACAGGAAAGCCCAAGGCGGUAUCGUUGGAGAUCCGCAGUGCAGUCCACACGUUCCAUGCUUCCCGAUCCAUCAUCCCAUGGAGAGAAAGCUCGAGAUUACUACAGUUUGCCGCAACAACAUUUGAUAUGUGUUAUUAUGACUGUUUCAUGGCCUGGACUUACGGGUUUACUCUCUGCUCCGCGGACAGGAGCCGAUUGCUUGGUGAUUUGGAAGGGACAAUCAAGAGGAUGGGAGCUACAAUGUUAGACUUGACUCCCACCGUGGCAUCAACUCUACAUCCGGAGAAUUUGCCGGAGGUUGAAUUACUUUAUUGCAUCGGAGAGACCAUGCCUCAGAAUCUCGCCAAUGACUGGGACGGGCGUUGCGCUAACUCUUAUGGGCCCACUGGUAAGAAAUAUCAUCCUGAUAUUCGAUUGACACUAACGUGAUAUACAGAAGCGGCAAUGUGUUGCACGAUCGUUCCCACCAACAAGAAAAUCAAGCCUUCGAAUAUCGGUAAGCCAUUCGGUACUGUGAGCUUCCAUGUACUCACCCAGGACGGGAGAUCAAUGGUCCCAAUAUUUGGGAGCGGAGAGCUAUGUAUUGGAGGUCCGCAGGUUGCGCGGGAAUACCAUAACAACCCGGAACUUACGGCAAAUAGAUUUAUCAACUUCGGAGGAAACCGAAUCUACCGAACUGGUGACCUAGUUCGCCAGCUGGCGGAUGGAAGUUUUACAUUCAUUGGGCGUGCAGAUGACCAGGUCAAGAUUCGGGGACUCCGUGUGGAGUUGGACGAGAUCAACUCCGUGCUUAGGGGUGCACAUGAUAGAAUUAUAGAUGCUACGACUAUAAUUAUGAAGCGCAGUGAUGAUUCCAAGGAGCAACUUGUGUCCUUCCUUGCGCUGGGGGACCGAAAACAACAUGGGACGAGGGCCAUUGUUCUCAAGGUCGAUUCGCAGCCGGACGGUAUCACGACAGCAUCCCGCAAUGCCGCGAUAGCCAAGCUUCCACGAUAUAUGGUUCCCGGGGUUAUCCUGGUCAUAGAUCAUAUUCCGCUCUCGGCAGCUGGCAAGAUUGACAAGAGGUCCUUAGCAACACUAUUCAAAGAGCAGGAUAUCCAGUCACUUACUUCCAGACUUGCUGAUGCAGACGAUGGCACGGAAUGGACCGAAGCCGAGACAAAAAUCAGAGAGGCCUUUUCAAAGAUAUCACGAGUUCCCGUUGAGCAGAUUUCGCGACCUUCCACGAUUUACGAGAUUGGACUUGACAGUAUCAGUGCUUCACAAGUUGCUAUGGAGUUGAGGAAGGCUGGACUGCAGGUUUCCGUGAUUGAUAUAUUGGAAAGACCCUCAAUUACAUUACUUUCUCCUAACCUGAAAUCUAUCACCGGGGUAUCAACAGCAGAGGAUACAUCCAAUGAGAUGCUCUCUGUAUUCGCCGCGCGCUUUAUGGAUCGGGUUUGUGCUGAAACAGGAUUACCGAAAGAUAAAAUUACUAGUGUAUAUCCUUGCACACCGCAGCAAGAAGGGAUGAUUUCCCAAUUUCUGCGGUCUGAGGGGAAGCUGUAUUUUAAUCACAUAGUUUUUGAGCUCCCAGAAAACAUCGAUCUAUCAAAACUACGCGAUUCCUGGUAUGUCGUUUUUAAGUCACUCGAUAUUCUACGAACCGGUUUUGCUGGCGUCGACGAUGCUCAGCAUUCCUUUUCAAUGAUUGUCCAUAAUCCGAGUACUGUUAAACUACCUUGGUCAGUAGUGCCAACGAGAGAAAACUUGGAGGAGCUCAUCGCAAGCCAGAAAGGCGAGAAGGCUUCCAUCGCACUCAGGGAUCUUCAUUUACCAUUAUGGAGCCUCACUCUAUUCGAAAAGUCUUCCGGGAAUCAUUUUCUCAUGUUAUCUGCACACCACGCGUUAUACGAUGCACACUCCCUAACAGUUAUCCUUCAUAGUGUUGCCCGUCAAUACUCUAGGAAAGCCUAUUCCCUAUCACACACAUUUUCCCGUGCCCUUAGCGAGAUCGUGAAACAUACCACGGAUAGUAAGAUUAUAUCUGAUGAUCAGGAAUUCUGGAAAAAGCAUCUCCACGGCUGCACAAUCUCCCGGUUUCCGAACCUGUCCCCCCUCAGAGUUAAGAGCACCGCAAGCCAUGUAUCUUCCAUCGACGCAAAUUGGAGUUUGUCGGAUAUUGAAAAGGCAUGUAGGCAACUAGGGAUAUCGGUGCAUGCUGCCGGGCAAGCAGCCUGGGCCAGGGUUUUGUCAGCGUAUUCGGGAGAGACUACAGUGACAGUGGGUGUCGGUUCGUGUUCCUUCCGACUCGGUGUUGGUGGACGGUACUGACGAAAAGUAGUAAUUUCGGGAAGGUCCGGGAUUAGUGAUGCCGAGGAUCUGGCGUUUCCUUGUAUCGCGACUCUCCCGUCGCUAUGCGUGCUGGCAGGAAGCAAUCGGGAGCUUACACUCAACAUUCAGAAUGGAAAUUCCCAGAUGCUCAAGCAUCAACAUACGCCUCUUAGAUCGAUACAGAAGUGGCUGGGUCAUGCUGAACAGUCUCUGUUCGACACGAUUUUCGUAUAUCAGAAGGGUGAAGUCCGCCAGGACGGGGCCGGCCUUGCCUGGAAAACAGUGCAAGAAGAGGCAUCUGUCGAUUACUCGAUAUCUUUGGAGCUAGAACCUGUUGCAGGCAAUUCUUUACUGAUCCGUGCUACGUGCAAGGACAAUAUCAUGCCACGAGAGCAGACAGAAUUAUUGCUCCAUCAGUUCCAGGCGGCCUUGGUCGACAUCCUGGAAUCGCCCGAUAGCCUUAGCACUGAAUUUUACCGGUUCCCCAAAGAACUCCUUUCUUGUACCCCCGCGGAAGAGGACGAAAUCCCCACUGACAUUCACCUUCUUCACAAAUUUGUUGAGAAGCAUCGUCAUCUUGUUCCGGACAAAGUUGCAUAUGAGUUUGCGACUUCAAUCGAGCAAGGAUGCACGAUCAAGGAGACAUGGAGUUACACUCAGCUCGACGAAGAAGGUAAUAAAGUUGCAAACUACUUACUAGACCAGGGAGUCAAGACUGGAGAUAUCAUCGGAAUCUGCUUUGACAAAUGCCCGGAGGCGUCGUUCGCCAUUCUUGGGAUUUUGAAAGCCGGCUGUGCAUUUGUCGCCCUGGACUACAAUGCGCCCAUAGACCGGAAGUCCUUCAUAAUUUCGGACUCGAAAGCAAAGCACGUUCUCACAAUGGAUAAAUUCGCGAAUGAGUUAAACGGUAAAUUAGACGCAAAGAUCGUCAGCAUGCAAAGCAGUAUUACAAUAAAAACCGCCUCCACGGACACCCCCGAAAUCCCAGAUCUGAAGCCCAGCGGCCUAUGCUAUUGCCUCUACACUUCCGGUACAACUGGAACACCGAAGGGCUGCGAACUAACACACGAGAACGCCGUUCAGGCCAUGCUUGCCUUCCAGCGCCUAUUCAGCCCCCAUUGGGACUCCGAAUCCCGCUUCCUCCAGUUCGCAUCCUUCCACUUCGACGUUAGUGUUCUAGAGCAGUUUUGGAGCUGGAGCGUGGGCGUUUGCGUGACCUCUGCUCCUCGAGAUCUUAUCUUCCAAGACCUUGCACUAACUAUUCGGGAGUUGCGGAUAACGCACUUGGACCUUACACCGAGCCUUGCUACGUUGAUUAAGCCAGAAGAGGCACCGCUGUUGUGUAAGGGUGUGUUUAUCACCGGGGGUGAGCAACUCAAGCAGGAGAUUUUGGAUGUUUGGGGAGAGAAGGGGUGUAUUUAUAACGGGUAAUACAUUGAUACCACGUUAAUACCCUUGUCAGAGAACUAAUACUCGAUAGAUACGGGCCUACCGAGGUUACAAUCGGGUGCACAAUGUACCCUAGGGUUCCAGCAAGCGGGAAACCGUCGAAUAUUGGACCUCAAUUCGCCAAUGUUGGGUCAUUUGUUUUGGCUCCAAGCACGGACAAACCGGUUCUUCGUGGUGCGAUAGGAGAGCUCUGUGUUUCCGGGAAGCUAGUGGGACGUGGAUAUCUGAAUCGGCCCUUACUUACCGAAGAAAAAUUCCCCUAUCUCGAAUCCUUGGGCACUCGCAUAUACCGCACCGGUGAUUUGGUCCGUAUAUUCCAUGACGGCACAUUUGACUUUGCAGGGAGAGCAGAUGACCAGGUCAAACUUCGUGGGCAGCGAUUGGAAAUCGGCGAAAUCAACGAGACACUCAAGCAAGCGACCACUCGCGCCCGGGCUGUAGCGACCCUGGUCUUGAGGCACCCAAAGCAGCAGAAAGACCAACUUGUGUCGUUCGUCGAGCUAGAAACCGGAGGGUCCAUUAAUCGUUCCGAUAUCAAGGUUUUUGAUGACCCUAAACAGUACUCUCAGGUCAUCACUAUCUUAACAGACGAGUGCAGACGCAAGCUACCUUUGUAUAUGGUCCCCACUCACUUCUUGCCUGUUUCUGCGAUCCCACUCUCGGUAAAUAAUAAAGUUGACAACAAGAGACUUAAAGUACUCUAUCAUGAAACAUCACUCGAGACACUUCAGCGGAUUUCGAAAAGGGAGGAUGCAGAAGAUGGGAAUUGGUCUGAGGUUGAGGAGAGGUUAAGGUUUGUGCUAGCUGAUCUGACCACCCUCAAGCCCUCUGAUAUAAAACGGUCGUCCACAAUUUUCGAGCUUGGUUUGGACUCUGUUUCUGUGGUGGGACUGGCUCGUCGCUUAAAGAGGGCCGGUUUCGUGGCGGCGUCCGUUUCCAUUAUUGUGCAGCGUAAGCUUCUCAUUACCUUUAUUUGAUAUCUACUAACUCUAUAUACAGACCCACUUUUAUCUCAGCUAGCUUCAGAACUAAGUAGAGAAGACGCUAGCAGUUCACAAGAGUUAUCCAUUGCCGAAUCGGUGAAACAGAACGUGUCAGCUUUCGUCAACAAGAACGCAUUUGAGGUUUACGAACAGCUUUCCCUAGACCCUAGUGAUGUCGAAGCAAUCUCUCCAUGCACGGCACUUCAGGAAGGGAUGAUAGCUAGGUUCCUUGAUUCCGAAAAGCCACUUUACUACAAUUCUUUCCCGAUGGUGAUGUCUUCGCCUAAUGACGUCGAUGGGAUCCGCAAAGCAUGGAUUCAGGUAAUACGCUCCACGGGGAUACUGCGUACUUGCUUCUGCGAGACUCCGGAUGGAUACGCUCAGGUGGUCCUUAAGAACCCUGAGAUGCAGUGGGAUAAAAUCUCAACACCCGAUAACACUGUUCAAAACACUAUCCUAGGCAAACUAACGAAGCACGCGGACUCCAAUAGGGACUUGCAUAAGGUGCCGCUUUACCUUCUCGUUGUGGAAACCCCAAAGAGGACGCUUCUUGUUCUUAAUAUCUUCCAUGCACUUUACGACGGGAGCAGCUUGCCAUUGAUCCUUGCGGAUGUCCAGAUGGCUUAUCAUGGCCAAUACGAACCAAGACCUUACCAAUUCGCCGACGUUGUCGGACAUCUACUUUCGGUCGAUACCACCAGAGCGCGCACAUUCUGGGAGAAGGCACUCGCUGGGGCCACCCCCCACCGCUUUCCCGAAACCCCCGGGGUGAUAGACGAGGGUGACCAUAUGGUACAUCUCGCUUCCAAAACUAGUAUCGCAAGUGUCGAAUCUAUCUGCAAGAGGAUUGGAUGCACCCCCCAAGCUGUAUAUCAAUCUGCGUGGGCAAGUGUGCUAUCAGGAUUUAUAGGACUGAGACCGGUCUUUGGAAUUGUUGUUUCUGGACGCGCUAUUCCAUUGGAGAACGUUGAACAGACUAUCGGGCCACUUUUCAACACCAUUCCAUCAACGUUAAAUCUCGAAAAUGCGUUAUCGUGGGAAGAACUGAUUAAGGAAGCACACCACUUCUACUCAGAAUCUAUUCCAUAUCAUCAUACACCUUUGAGCCUUGUCAAUAAGUGGAUGCGAGCAACAGCAGAGAGGCCACUAUUUGAUACUUUGUUCGUAUACCAAAAGGGUGAGACCGCGAAUUCUAAUCUGGGCGUCCCCUGGGAACUUAUGGAUAGUGCCGCUUCUGCAGAUGUAUGUAUUCUGAUUUCCCAUCCGAUGUGUCGCCGUUGCUAAUUAUUUCACUAGUAUCCUCUCGCGCUAGAAGUUGAACAAAGUCACUCCCAUGGAGUGAAGUUCUCGAUAGUCUCGAAAGGAUCACUCAUGACAAGAGAGAUGUCCUUGGAGCUGCUGGAACGCCUCGACGGACAGCUGCAGUGCAUUGCAGACGACCCAACCUGCCGACCAUCUAUUGUAUCCACUCUAGAAAAACAGCCCACCUCCAAUGUGACCAAUCUCGACAAUUCACCUAACCGAGAACAUUCCUCUUGGGGAACAAAAGCUAAUAUCCUGCGCCAAACAAUAGCGGCUCUCGCCGAGGUCGAUGAAUCCGAUAUUACUAUGGACUCUUCUAUAUUCGAACUAGGAUUGGACAGCAUUGAAGCUAUCAAGUUAUCCUCACGGCUUCGUCGGUAUGGAAUGAAAAUCUCAGUAGGCAACAUUAUGCGAAACCCAACCAUCCGGAAGCUGGAGUUGCUCCUCAGUGGAUCUUCAGUCCAGCCAGAGGGAUCGAGCGAGGAAGAGCUACUUCCUAAGUUCGCGGAGUGCAUACGAAAAGUUUGGAAGUUUCAGAGACAUGACGAUAUUGAAGCUAUUUACCCAACCACACCUCUCCAGGAAGCCAUGAUAGCCGAAACCCUAGCCUCAGACUACCAAUUGUAUUUCAACCACGAUGUCUUGAAUAUAGAGGACUGGGUCAACACUGACGAUCUCCGACGGGCCUGGACCACCGUAGUCGAACGGUCCGAAAUUCUAAGGACAAGCUUCUUCAAUGCAUCUGAGCUAUUCCCCCAAUCCCCGUGCACCUUUGGUCAACUAGUUCACAAACGGUCAAAAUUCCACUGGGGCGAAGUAACUGCGACCAACAACGGCGAUCUCCAUGCCACUUUCAAGAAUGUCAUGCAGGAAGCCACGGAGGAGGUUGACGUGCUGCAAGGCCCCCCUUUCAGAGUUACAAUUGUACACAGUGACAAGGCUAGGCAUCUCAUACUCUCCAUAUCUCAUGCUCUCUAUGACGGGUGGUCUAUUGCAUUGCUACAUGAGGACGUACAAAACGCAUACCAUGAUUCACUAACUCAGAGGCCAUCUUGUCGUCUACUAUUGGAAAAUGUUUACGGUGAAGACCAAAAACUGGCCGAAAGAUUCUGGAAACAGAUUCUUGCAGGCGCUUCUCCCUCAAGCUUCCGAACCCUAUCGACCGGAACAGAAAAACCCAGGAGUUACAGACAAGAACAAAAUUCAUCUAUGUCGUUCUCAGCCAUCCAGGCAUUCUGCAAGCAUACGGGGGUCACUGUUCAAUCGCUUGGACAAACGUGCUGGGCGCUCCUUUUGGCUCAUCACUUGGCUGAACCAGACGUUGUGUUUGGCACCGUUCUUUCGGGAAGAGAUUUUGAUUCCGCAGAUGAGAUUAUGUUUCCGGCAAUGAAUACAGUUCCUAUCCGAGCGAUCAUCCAUGGGUCAUACAAGGAGAUGUUACAAUAUAUGCAAGACAAUUCUGCAAAUGUAAUCAAGUACCAGCAUACCCCUCUUCGGAAAAUUCAAAAACUUGCCAGUAGUAAUGGACAGCGCCUUUUCGAUACUUUGUUCAUAUACCAGCGCGGCCGCAAGGGGUCAGUUGACAAGCAGAAGGCUUUGUGGCAUUCGGUUGGUGGGACAUCCGAGGUUGAGGUAAAAAUCUACUGAAAUACCAUUGGUUGGACCCGGCUGACUGUAGAAGUAUAAUGUUUGUGUUGAGAUGGAACAGGCUGGGGAUAAUUUGAUAUGGAGGACAGCUUGCAAAUCGACAGUGUUUGGCUUCGAAAACAGACAGUCGCUUCUUCAGAUGCUGGACUCGUUACUGGUCGAUAUCGUAAGCCAUACUAACCAGCCUUCCAUCACGUACCGUGAAACUGGCCUCACAUUUGGAAAUCUUCCAAUUUCGACUGCGGACAGCUCAAGCCCGAUGAAAACUCUGAACGGGGUUCGAAUAGACCUCGGGGGAGUAGAAUCAAUCGUCAAAAAAUCAGCAGAGAUCAUCAGUGAUUGUGGUGCAGUUGUUUUAGAAGAGAAAGGGAGGAACUUACUUGUCCUUUUUGUUACUACAAUCAACCAAAGCGAAGUGUCAACGCAGUCCCUAAUUCAGUUUGCCAGGCAAAAAUUGCCUCAUUGGUCACUUCCAUCGUUCGUCGUCCCCAUCGCAACCAUUCCAUACGCAAACUAUCAGGUAGACCGGUCAGAAUUAACAGCUUUAUUCCAUUCUCUACCAUCCAAAGAAAAACAAGAAUACUCCAUUUCUGUCGGGAGAACUAGCGAAUGGACUUCAUUGGAAAAAACCUUUCGCGAAGUUCUUGCGAGGGUCUCAAACACCCCCGAAGGGGAAAUUGGGCGAACACAAACGAUUUUUCAUUUGGGCCUCGACUCUAUAAGCGCUAUUUCUCUCUCGUCAGAAUUGAGGAAGAACUUGAUCUUCUUGAGCGUUGCAGAAAUCCUUAGCGCAGCGACAAUCGAGCGUAUGGCGGCGUCUGCUCGCGCCAUGAGUAGCCACGCAGCGCUGAAUCCCCUUGAUAGCAGGAGUAUUAUCUCUAAGGCCUGCAAGAACGUCGAGUAUAUGAGAGUUCCGGAGGGUGUCAAUAGCCACGGAGUUGAGUUCACGAUGCCAGCUACUCCUGGUCAACAUUACAUGAUCUCGAGUUGGAUAAGUUCGGGUUAUAAACUUUUUAUGCCCACUUUCUCUUUCAAAUGUAGGCGAGUGGAACCCUCUUGCGUUCUGACUGGAUGGGAGGCGCUCGUUCGACAAGAGCCAAUUCUUCGCACUACUUUUGCUGCUACAAAUGAUACGGAUGUCCCGCUUGUUCAAUUGAUUCUCCGGAGCCCGCCAACCCAAUGCAAACAAUACCAAUCUUCGUCACCUGAUAACGGUGCCCUUAUUCGAUUCCUCAUCUCACAAGAACAGGCUAAGGAACUUGAUAUGUCUCUCCCGCCAGUAUUUCUGUGCACAUUGAACACACCCACAGAGACCUUCAUUUUCAUCACCAUUCACCACGCUCUGUAUGAUGGCGUUAGCCUUCCACGCUUGAUCGCUAAAUUCCAAGGAUUCCUUGAUAAGUCGAUCGGCCGACUCCCCACCCCUGAUCCGGAAGGCCCCGAUUUCGUGGAUACAGUUGCUUUUAUGCAAUCUCGAGAUCUUGGCCACCAACGCUCGUUUUGGACUAGAUACCUGACUGAAUCGUCUUCAACUUGCGUUCCUGAAAAACCCCAUUCCACUAGUCCGCCCGAGAAACGAGUUGCGCAUUUUCAACCCAGAGCGCUUUCAAACGUCGCAAAACUGGAGAAGGAAUGUCGCCAACGUGGAAUAUCUGUUCAGGCCGUUUUCUUGGCAGCCUACGCGAAAAUUUUCGCACAACAGCAAUGUGACAAACACGGGCCCUUAGGAUCAAGAAAAGAUGCUAUAUUCGGCAUUUAUCUUUCGAAUAGGCAUCUACCGGUGGCUGAUAUAGAGUCUUUAGCCGCACCCACCCUAAACAUUGUCCCUAUACGAGUCCUAGCUCCAGGAAAUAAAUCAACAGCAGAAGUGGCUCGCCAAAUCCAGGGCGACCUAAUGACCAUUGGGGACCCAGAGAACUCAGUGGUUCCAUUAUGGCGAAUCAGGGAAUGGACCGGUGUACAGGUCGAUUGCUUCUUCAACUUCUUGAAACUUCCGGGCAGCCCCAUGUGGAACUCUAACGAUGAUGGGACAACAGUUGGGGCAGACAGGAUUAUUUUGGAAGAGUUUACCCUUGGUAACGUCGACCUUGCGGUCAGGCCCGGAGCUCACUUCGAAGGAAACGCGUCUAUGAAUAAUAUUAAGGUAAGUACUGUCCUCAACCUCCUCAAACCGCCGACCACUAACCAAGGAUUCCAGACAAAUGUUGAUAUCGAGGUCGCUGUCCGCGGCAACCAAGUUGAUGUGGGGGUAUUUUCUACAACUAGGUAUCUUAAGGAGGAGGAUGCACAAAAGACGGUCCUCUGGAUGCGCGAUAUAGUGGAGGGGAAAUGGGGGGUCUGA